AGCCACUCAGGCUGUAGGUCAUCGUUCGUUUAUGGUUCAUGACCUGGAUUCUGACAAACAGCAUCUUGUGACGGCUUUGCACUGACCAUGAGCUCGCAGGGGAUUGCACUGCAGCAGAAACUCAGUCGGAUGCUGAGCAAAACCGUGGGAAAACCGGUCCUUAAGCCUAACAAGCCUCUGGCCUUGAAGGAUGAGGUGGCGAAUCGUAAAAUGAAAAAAGGAGAGGCCACGUGCAUUAUGGAGAUGUCCCUGCUGAUGGCGUGCUGGAAGGAGCAUGAGUUCAACGAUGCCUUGUAUUCCAGUGAGGUGCAGGCAUUCUUCAAGUGUGCUGAGAAGGCAGAGGCUGCAAGAAAAGCAAAAGCAGAUGGGACUGUUGGCCAGCACGGAGUCCUGUACCCUAAGCAAGCCAACACAUUACUGAAGCGAUAUCCCAAUCAUUUUAAAGAGAUUUAGGGCUGCCUCAGAUUGGUGCAGUUGUGGUGUGCAUUUUCUUCUUGUAUUUAGCAGCCUUCAGGCAAAAAUGGCAGCAGAAGGUGCGAGAUCUGCAGGCAGAACUGUGACUUGUACAUUGUAAUCUUUAUAUCCUUUGCAAU